GGAGUUUUCCCCUUAAUCUGGGAACCCGAGAGGGACCCUGCGCGUGCGUGUUGUGUGUGUGGGUUGUGUGUGAGCCCUAACGUCCAGAGCGGGAGGCUGGUCUGCCCCGCCCCGGCCGACAUGGCCAGGGACCUGAUCGGCCCCGCGCUGCCCCCGGGCUUCAACGCCCGAGGGACUGCGGAGGAAGAGCUGGACCUGAGUCCAGUUGCAGGACCAGCUCUGCCCCCCAACUAUAAGAGCAGUAGUUCAGACUCAUCAUCCAGCGACGAAGACAGUGUGUCUCCUUCACCACACCAAGCAGGAAAGGAAGAUUCUGAAGAGGAACAUGACACUGGUCCAACCCCAAGAAAACAGAGAAGAAAUCAAGAUGAAGAAGAAGAUGAUGAUGAUGGCUUUUUUGGGCCCGCUCUUCCUCCCGGAUUUAAAAAGGAGGAUGAUUCUCCACAGAGGCCAAUUAUAGGUCCUGCAUUACCACCUGGUUUUAAUAACCGAUCGCAGAAGAUUGGGGAAAACAGAGAUGAUCUAGGACUACCCACAUCAUCAUCUUUCAACUCUGAGGGAACAGAGAGUAGUGAAGAUGAUGAGGCCAUUGUUGGACCAAUGCCUGCAAAAGGACCAGUUGACUAUAGUAUAACUAAAGAAUUUGAACGGAGAGCUCAGAGAAUGAAAGAAAAACUCACUAAAGGAGAUGAUGAUGGGUCCAGACCAGUUACAAGGGAAUCAUGGAUGACUGAGCUCCCUCCAGAACUGAAAGGUUUUGGUGUCGGACCAAGAACUUUCAAGAGAAGAGCUGAUGACAAAUCUGGCGAUCGAUCGGUUUGGACAGAUACUCCAGCCGACAAAGAAAGGAAAGCUAAAGAAGCACAGGAAGCAAAGAAGCCAACGGGUAAGAAUGAUGAGGAGCGCAUCUUAUCAGGAAGGGACAAGAGAUUGGCUGAGCAGGUGUCUUCAUACAACGACUCAAAAAGAUCAGAAUCUCUUAUGGACAUACAUCACAGAAAAUUAAAGAACAAGACAGCUGAAGAGAAAAAUAAACCCCAAGAGAGAAGGCCAUUUGACCGUGAUCAAGAUCUCAAAGUCAACCGCUUUGAUGAAGCCCAGAAGAAAGCUCUGAUUAAGAAAUCUAGAGAACUCAACAGCCGGUUUUCACACGGCAAAGGCAACAUGUUUUUAUGAUGUGAGUGUCAUCCUCUUUACAGCAAGCUGUCUUUUCAUACUCCUGUACUUUGAAGUCAUGGAUUCAGUUACUGGAUAUGUAAAUAUUCUUUUAUUUGUAUGCAAAAUGUAUUUUAUUUUAAAAGAGAGCCAAUUAUAAUACUGCUUUUCUGUAUAAAUAAAAUCUUUGGUUUUUGAAACUCA